AUGGCAAGCUGCAGCAUUCAAAGCGCAAGGAAAGUGCUUGAGAUAAAAUUGGUAGUUGAGAAUAUAUCGAAACAGCCCUUCUGGGAAAGUGUGGUUAGCCCUGAUUUUUAUAUUACACCCGAAUGUAUGUGCUGUAUAACAGUCGACAAAGGCAAAAUGUACUUGCAUGUGAGAAUUUGCAAUAAAUCCGAUUUCGAAAUCAAAAUAGAACGAAAAAUAGUUCUUUUCGAUUGUUCAAAUAAAAAACUUCACGAAGAAAGCGAUGCAAAGAUUUUCUCUCUCGAAAAAGACAAAAACGUAGAUGUCAUGGAAGGUUUUGCCGUAAAUAAUUGUGAUAAUUUACCCAACGAUACCCUUAUUAUAGAUCUCGGUAUCAGCAUCAAGGAAACUACAACGGUGAAAUUAAAUCGCUUUGCAUGCGAUACAAAUCCCGAAAGAAGACUGAAAGAGGAUUUCAAGACGAUGUUGGAAAAUCCCGUCAAUUCUGAUGUUUGUUUGCAAGUUGGUGAUGACCGGAUUGCUGCUCAUUGGUCGGUUUUGUGUUCACGGUCCCCAUAUUUCAAAGAAAUGUUCGACAGCGGAAUAAAAGAACAACCACAGAAUUCUAUCACCAUUACCGAUAUAUAUGCCGGUACGGUUAAAAAACUCGUCGAAUUUUUGUACACAGCAACUUUUGCUCAGAACUGCGACUUUCACGAACUGUUUGACCUGUACUACGCUGCUGAUAAGUACGAAGUGAUGGAUUUGAGAAACUUAUGUGCAUGCAGAAUUAUAUCUGAAGUCACCACUGAAAACGUCUGUCAAAUCUUACUGCUUGCCCAUCGGCACAGUGAUAAAAGUUUGAAAAAGGAAGCGAUGGACUUCAUUCAGGCGCAUGCAGAUGCUGUCUUUCAGACGGAAGGCUGGCGAAAUUUGGAAGCAAGCGAGCCGGUAAUAGCGGACCUUAUCAGCUACUUUUGCGUCAAGAAAAAUUAA